GCACUGCAAAAGAGAACUUUGAAAUGAAGGAAUUGGUCAUUUUAUCACUGCUUGUGCUCUCUGUGUAUUCUCUGCUUCAUAAAGAUGUCAAACCAAUGGAUUCUACAAAAAAGGAAUUUCCAGAAGAUGUGAAGGUCACACGGCAAGCAGCACAUGCAGUAAUUAAAAGGGUCCGUCGUGGAUAUAAUUAUUACGAAAGAUACUUUGCCAGAAUGAAGUCGCCACUGGAGCUAAAGAAGGAGCAAUGUGAAAAUUAUUUGCCCUGUGAUCAACUAUCUGAAUGGGUUGGAUUCUACCAGGCAUACCAGAAGUACUUUGGACCUGUCUAA